AUGUGGCCGCUAGUUUUUCCAAACGAUCCGCGAGAAUAUAUAAAUAGUACCAUCGCCCAAAUAGGUGACGAUGACGUGACAAAAAGGAAACAAAUAACAUGUCAACUCCAAAAAGAAUUUCCAGGCGUGUUCGCAGCGGGUAUCGGAACGUUCGCUAAAGGCGAAUUGAAAUUAACGUUGAUUGAGGGAGCUACGCCGAAAUUUCUGCAGCCAAGAAAAAUGCCCUGGGCAUUGCGCGAUAAAGUAGAGAAUGAAUUAGCCAGAUUACAGCAGCUUGCAAUUAUAUCACCAGUAGAAUAUUCCGAUUGGGGCACGCCAAUUGUGCCAGUUUUGAAGAGUAACGGUACAUUACGUUUGUGCGGAGAUUAUAAAGUGACUUUAAAUAAAUAUCUUGAGGUCAAUCGCUACCCCUUACCGCGAGUUGAAGAAGUUUUAGAGACAUUAAGAGGUGGAAAAAUAUUCACAAAAUUGGACCUAUCAGAAGCCUACCAACAGCUACCAUUAACACAAGAAUCUCAAAAACUAGUGGUAAUCAGUACUCAUAUCGGAUUGUUUAAAUACCACAGGUUGCCGUACGGGGUAGCGACGGGACCAGGAUCAUUUCAAAGGGUCAUGACUUCUCUAUUAUUAGGCAUACCGGGCACGAUCGUUUUUAUUGACGAUAUUCUCAUUACAGCGGCAACACUAGAAAUACAGACAGACAGAGUGCGAGAGGUACUAAAGCGUUCAAACGAGGGAGGUUUGCGUUUAAAAUUCGAAAAAUGUAAAUUCUUUAAAAACGAGGUGUGUUAUUUGGGGUUUCGUAUUAACGAAGAAGGGAUUCGACCUUUAGAGGCGAAAAUAAAGAGUGUAAAAGAUGCACCAAAGCCAAGGGACGUGUCGGAAUUGAGAAGCUUUUUGGGGUCGAUCAAUUAUUACGGUCGUUUUAUUGAAAAUAUGGCCCAGAAAUUGCGGGGUCUUUACGAAUGUCUCGAGAAAGAUAAAUUCGAGUGGACGGAGGUCUGUGACAAAACUUUUGAAAAAAUCAAACGCGAACUCGUGUCCGAUAAAAUCUUAGCGCACUUCGACCCCCAAAAGCAGACAGUUCUCACUUGCGAUGCAUCCCCGUAUGGGAUAAGUGCCGUGUUGGCGUACAGAGAUGAGGAAGGUAACGAUCGACCGAUAUGUUUCGCGAGCCGGACUUUAACGAGUACCGAGCGAAAUUACACUCAUCUGGAUAAAGAAGGCCUGGCAAUUAUUUUUGGGGUGCGCAAAUAUUUCGAAUAUCUGUACGGACAUAAAUUCAUAUUACAAACAGAUUCAGCAGCUUUAGCGCGUAUAUUCGAUCCGAGUAAAGUGAUCCCAGAGAUCGCAGCAGCACGAUUGCAAAGAUGGGCGCUAUUUCUCGCGCCGUUUGAGUAUACUAUUAAACACAUUCAAGGGAAAAAAAAUUAUGCAGACUGGUUAAGUAGACUACCAUUGCCGAAAACAAAAGAUGAUGCUAAAGAAUUUCCGAUUUUACAGAAUACGAUGUAUACCCAUGUGAAUUGCGUUAAAGACUAUGAUUUCGCGACCCUCGAUUGGAAGGCGGUAAGAAAAUGUACACGGGAAGAUGAAACUUUGAGUAAAGUAAUACGAUAUUGUAUGGAUGGUUGGGAAGAAAAAUCUCCGAUUGACGAAAGUCUUAAAACUUUCUGGAAUAAGCGCGAAUCAUUAACAAUUGAUCAAGGUUGCGUCUUAUGGGGACACCGAGUGGUGAUUCCAAAUAAACUAAGAGAGAUAGUACUCAAAGAGUUACAUUACAGUCAUUUUGGUGUUACAAGAAUGAAAGCGCUCGCUCGAUCUUUUGUGUGGUGGCCGGAGAUUAAUAAACAAAUUGAGUCAAUCACGCAGGCAUGCCGCGCUUGUUUAGAAACAAGAAAAUCGCCGCCGAAAAUUGCUUUGACACCGUGGGCUUGGCCUACAACACCGUGGCACAGAAUACAUGCGGAUUUCUUGGGGCCUUUUAACGGUAAAACGGUACUCGUGAUAGUGGACAGCCAUUCAAAAUGGCCCGAAGCUAUAAUCAUGCAAUCGAUGAGCGAAUCUCAUACGAUAAAAGCGUUCGAGGAAGUGUUUGCUCGACAUGGGUAUCCUGCUCAUUUGAUUACGGACAAUUAUUCGACGUUCGUAGGUAAAGCGUUUCAGUCAUUGCUAAAAGUAGGGGGUGUUAGACACAGUACAACGCCACCGUAUUGUCCGGCUACAAAUGGAGCGGCGGAGAAUUUUGUGGGGACUUUCAAACGCAAAGUCGCAUGUAUUAUGGCGGACGGUUUCAAUCUCCAAAAAGCAAUAACUAAAUUUUUAUUUGAUUAUCGUAGCACCCCCCAUGCCACCACACAAAGGACUCCAGCGAGUUUAGCACUCGGUAGAGAACUCAAAACUCGUUUUUCACGACUUCGGCCGACGCCGGUCAACGAGUGCAUAGUCACCCAUCAAUCGCGUCAAAUUCAAAAUUAUGCGGGGAAAAGAGAAAGUACAUUAAAAGUCGGUGAUUCGGUGAUGGCUCGAGAAUAUAAACAGGAGGGAAAAGCAGCGUGGAAACCGGGCACUGUAAAGAAAGAAUUAAUAGCGGGCGUCACGUAUCUCAUUCGCAUCGACGAAAAGACAGUUUGGAAAAGACACGCAAACCAGUUGAUCAAGUGUGAUGGUUCGAUUGUGGCAGAACAAAACGAGGCUGAAAAGAAACAGCAGACCUUACUACAGCCUAGGCCCAUGGUUCGUCGAUCGGAGCGGUUACAAAAUAAGAAGGGGGAGAUGUAG